AUGACUGUCAUGUGUUGCGCAUCCUGGGGAGACUGGGCGAUCUACAUGGCUUGGGGGUUUUGGUGGUUCGAUGUGGUGAUCUCGCUGGCUUGUGCCAUCUCCCUUCCCUUCAUCGUAAUGCAUCGUCACCGACCCCAACUCAACGAAACCACCGCUGCACUCCUUCUGCCCGUGGUACCGGCCGUGGUGGCGUCCGCAUCUGGAGGUAUUUUGGCCGAAGCCCUUCCAAACACCGACCACGCCGUCACGACUCUUGUGACCUCAUAUAUUCUCUGGGGUAUUGGCGAGUCGUUCUCCAUGUUCAUUUUGGCCAUGUACUUCCACCGCCUGACCGUCCACCACCUUCCACCCCGCGAGAUCAUCGUGUCUGUUUUCCUGCCCGUUGGUCCACUAGGCCAAGGCGGAUUCGGCAUACAGCAACUAGGCAAAGUUGCCCUGAAGCUUCUCCCUCAGACCGCUUCCUUCGGGAAAGUUGGUACUGAUGCCAUCCAUGGAGGCGAGGUGCUCUAUAUGGUGGGCAUCUUCAUGGCUUUUAUCAUGUGGGGAGCCGGCCUCGGCUGGCUCAUGCUAGCUGGUGCCAGUAUCCUAACAACAGCGAACUUCCCCUUCAACAUGGGUUGGUGGGGGUUUACUUUCCCUCUGGGUGUCUUCACGACAUGCACUGGCAUGCUAGCACAGGAGCUGUCAAGCCCUUUUUUCAAGGUCUUAACAAUGAUCUUUUCCAUCUCGGUCUUCCUCUUAUGCCAGUUAUUGGCCUUAAUGACCCCGUCGUUACAGCUUAUUCUAGCCCUCACGCUUACGCAGCCCGCCGUCGAGAUAUGGCACGUCUACAGAAUACCAAUUCUGCUGGCUACCUUUGCGAUCCUGGUUUCAGUUCGAGUUUACCUACACUUUCACGACGAGGGCGAGAAACUACCAUUCCUCCAGAAGACAUUUGCACAUGAAACCAAGGAGACCGUGGACGUUCCGGUCCCGAAUUUGUCCAGUGUCCCUCGGGUAGACGAGAAGCGGACGAAGCCAAGCGGACCUCGCAGAAUCAAGGGUGAAUUGCAAAAGCAGAAAAAUGAUGAUACAGGAGCUGUGGAGCUCAGCAAGAGGCAGAUCAAAAUAGUCGUGUUCUUCUCGUCUCUGACCGGAAGCACGAAGACGUUCGCGGACAAGUACACCGAGAGCCUUGCGAAAGCGGUUUCAACCAUCACUUGCGACUCUGCGUCAACAUUUGCUGAACCACAGCUGAUUGACCUGUCCGAGGUCGAUUUCGAUGACUACUUUAUAACUCCACCGAAGUCAGACGGCUCAUCAGACUUGGCCACGGCCUAUUUCUACCUCUUUCUCAUCCCAAGCUACAACAUCGACACCAUCAACGACACGUUCCUCGAGCAUCUACAAGAGACACACCACGACUUCAGGAUAGACACAGCGCCUCUGUCUGGGCUCCUGGGGUAUUCAGUGUUUGGCUUGGGCGACAGGGAAGGCUGGCCAACGGAGGAAGAAGGGUUCGGCUUCCAAGCCAAGGAGGUCGACAGAUGGAUGGCGAAACUGAGCAGUCGGAAGAGGGCAUACCCUUUAGGCCUCGGCGACACGAAGAAAGAUCUCUCGGUCAGAUUACAGGAAUGGUCCGAGGGUGUGGUGGACGUUCUUGGUCUGAUAGCCCGCACCGGCUCCUUGGGGGAGGGCGUCCCUGGUUCCGGCGACCCCCUCGAAAGCGAUGGAGAAGACGUGGCGGACGAGGAUGACGGGGAAGUCAUGAUGGAGACUUCUUCAAACGGUAAGCGGGCCAAGACUGGCGAUUCAGGGGAUCUAGGAGAUGUUGAAGAUCUCGGCCGUCUGCUUCGCGACUCCCCAAAGGAUGGACGCAAUAAGGCUGCCGGAGCGCCAUUAGCCGUGGAUUUCACUGCAUACGGGACUUCCCAGAAAAGAAGGAAGCAGCCGGUACAACAAAUCAAGGAAAUGGUCCCUAAGGGCUCGCCUACGUACACGGCCUUGACUAAGCAAGGCUACUCAAUUGUCGGAUCCCAUUCAGGGGUAAAGAUCUGCCGUUGGACUAAGUCAGCCCUUCGUGGGCGCGGUUCUUGCUACAAGUUCUCCUUCUAUGGAAUCAACUCGCAUCAAUGCAUGGAGACGACACCGUCGCUGUCAUGCUCAAACAAGUGCGUCUUCUGCUGGAGACAUGGCACCAACCCCGUGGGCACAAACUGGCGGUGGGUGGUGGACCCCCCACAGCUCAUCUUCGACGGCGUGAGGGAAAAUCACUACAAGAAGAUCAAGAUGAUGCGUGGCGUGCCGGGUGUUCGCGCUGCGCGCUUCGCAGAGGCGAUGCGCAUUCGGCAUUGCGCAUUGUCGCUUGUAGGCGAACCCAUUUUCUAUCCCCAUAUCAAUGAGUUUCUUGGUAUGCUGCAUAAGGAGAGGAUAUCAUCAUUCCUCGUCUGCAAUGCUCAGCACCCGGACCAGUUGGCUGCUUUGAACCACGUCACGCAGCUUUAUGUCUCGAUUGAUGCUUCAAAUAAGGAGUCAUUGCGCAAGGUCGACAGACCCCUGCACAGAGAUUUCUGGGAGCGCUUCCAGAGAUGUCUCGAUAUUCUGCGGGAGAAACGGUUCAAGCAACGAACUGUUUUCAGGCUCACUCUUGUCAAGGGCUUCAACAUUGAGGACGAAGUCGAAGGUUACGCAGACCUCAUAGAGCGCUCGCUUCCCUGUUUCGUCGAGAUCAAGGGUGUGACAUACUGUGGCACAUCUACGUCCUCAAGCGCUGGACUGUCCAUGGCAAAUGUCCCCUUCUAUUCCGAGGUCUGCGAUUUCGUUACGUCCCUGGACAAGGAGCUCAAUCGAAGAGGACUCAACUAUGGAAUAGCAGCAGAGCAUGCUCAUAGCUGCUGCGUAUUACUUGCAAGUGAUAGGUUCAAGGUCAAUGGCAAGUGGAGAACGCUGAUCGACUACGACAAGUUCUUCCAGCUUCUGGAAGAGAAGGGUCAGGAUGGAGAUUUCAGUCCUGAAGAUUACAUGGGUCAGGAGACACCAGAAUGGGCCACUUGGGGGAAUGGAGGGUUUGAUCCCAGAGAUCAGCGAGUCGAUAGAAAAGGUAGACCAAUCGAGAUCUAA